AGGCUCACCCCAUGCGGAAACAUUAUACAUUAAAUAUGUAUUUAAUUAAGAUUUUAAUUCAAUGUCACCUUAACUUUAACUUAAAAAAAAUGCAGUGAAAAAAGGAGAUUAAAUAUGUAGUAUGAAGCAGUGGUGUCACAUCCGCCUCUCAGAGAAGUGAAACCAGACGGUAGUCCUCCUCAGUAGGGGUCGGGGUUCAGGACUAACCUGACCGGUUUCAUGUUUUAUACUUCAAGUCAAACAGGGAGGACCAUGCUGCAGCUCGGAGAUGAAGUCAGCCUCUACUCGGUGGUCUUCGUCCUGGUCCUGCUGGGGACACGAAGCCCGCUAUGGACCACCGCCCUCACCGCCUCCCUCUACCUCUUCGUGGCCAUGUUCCGGUUCCCCCAGGUACCGACGAGCCGAGCCCGGCAGGUGCUGCACCCCACCCAGGGCACGGCGGGCUCCGGGCAGGUGUCGGUGGUCGCACACCGGGGAGGAGGGCACGACGCGCCGGAGAACACGAUAGCAUCCAUCCGGGAGGCCAGUAAGAAUGGAGCGACAGGCGUAGAACUGGACCUGGAGUUCUCAGCAGACGGCGUCCCGAUACUGAUGCAUGAUGACACCGUGGACCGGACCACCAACGGGUCGGGACCUCUCAGACAGAUGAAGCUGUCCGAGCUGAGAAAACUGGACGCAGCUGCUAAACAUCGACUGAGGGAUAAGUUUGCCGGAGAGAAGAUCCCGACUCUGGAGGAGGCAGUGGAGGAAUGCAUCAAGCUGCAGCUCACCAUUUACUUUGACGUCAAAGGUCAUCCAGACGAGGCAGCCGCAGCUCUUAAAGAGCUGUAUAAAAAACAUCCAGUCCUCUACAACAGCAGCAUCGUGUGCUCCUUCGAGCCUAAAGUCAUCUACAGGAUGAGACAGAGCGACCCUGAAGUGGUCACAGCGCUGACCCACCGGCCCUGGAGCCAGAGCCGGUUUGGGGACGGUACCCCGCAUUUCUCAUCACUCUGGAAGCACCACUGGAUGACAUUCAUGGACAUUGUGUUGGACUGGGCGCACCAUCACAUACUGUGGAAGCUCUGCGGCAUCUCGGCCUUCCUCAUACAGAAGAACUUUGUCUCUCCGGACUAUGUCCAGUACUGGGCCCAGAGGGGGGUGGAGGUGGUCGCCUGGACGGUCAACACUCAGGUGGAGAAGGAGUACUACCAGGAGCUGCUGAAGGUUAACUACAUCACUGACAGCCUGGUGGAAGACUGUGAGCCUCAUUACUGAGGAGCACAGAAACACAGCACAGUGUGUUCACAAUGAUCUAAAGAGUGAACUCAUGACAGACUGUGUCGUCGAAUUCUCCCCCAUGAUGUGGCAUCAGGUAAGAGGACAUGAUGCUCCUCCUUUAUCCACAUGCACACUACUACAAGGGGGAUUCAAACAUCCGACUGAUUGCUGUACUCUCAAACAAGAGGCCAAGAUGCACAUGAAUCAUGUUCCUCACAGAUGUUACGACAUCUACAAACAUUAAUUUGCAUAUUUGUAAUAAGGGGGUGUAAUAAUAAUCCUUUAUCAGACGUACUGUAUUCACCAACUCAGGACUGUCAUCUGCUUUUUUUGUUUGUUUCAUUAUAAAGUCGUCCAUUUCUAAUUUCAAGACCUGUAUUGUCAUCCACUGCAAUCAGAAAGCCUGAACACAACUACCUAGAGUUAGAUUUGUACAUCAUAUCGCAUGAAACUGAUAUCUAGAAUCACCAUAUGUUAAUGUUUUAUAUCUUUGAGAAAGACAAAAUGACAUUUAGAGUUUAAAAAAAUCAGCAUAUAAAUGUUAUAUGAGAUUAAGUGCAAUCCACAGAAGGUUUAUAUAUUAAAUUCACUAUAAAUUAUCACUAUUGUACAUGUAAAAACAUCCCAUGAUCCAUUGCUGUCGACACAUACACCUCUAUAACUCACUGUGUCUGUAAAUCGGACAUCAGUGAUGCGCUCCUGUGUGGCUACAGGAUGAACAGUUUGAUAUAUUCCACUGUAUCAUUUAGAAACAGUGCAGAGGAACAUAAAGGGAUGAGCUUAGGAGUCAAGGAGUCAAAAUAGGAAGCGUGAGACUGAGUUUUUGUCACUGACUGACGACUUCAAAGACAGGAGGCAGCACCUUGUAUACGGUGAAAAGGUGUGAAACACAGCAAUGACAGGAAGGAGUAAAAAGACAAUUCACACUGCUGACAUGUAACAGCAGGAAGAGCACUGAUGUGACUAACAACACUUGUGAGGUCUCUGAUGAGUGAGGUGUGUGGGUCUGCUGUGGGAGGGAGGGAGGGAGGGAGGAUCUGUGACGUGCUGGUCUUUAAACUGAAAUGAAGCACGUUUGACUCGCUCUGAAGAUGCUUCACAGACUGACUGAAGAAGAGGAGACUGCCGGACGACCUCUGUUCUUGUUCUCUGAGGUGCAAAUAUCAACCCUAUGCGCUGGUUUCAAUUUUAAUAUGAAAGUUUCUUGAUCAAUACAAACUGUAUGUCUUAAAAGAUGAUUAAAUAAAUGAUGGAUAUUUGAUUUGU